GAGCUUAAAGAAGAAAAACAUGGGAUCGUUAGUUCAUGUCAAAGAAGCUGUUAUUGUUACUCCAUCUGACCCGACUCCAACUCGUCUUCUUUCUCUGUCCGCUCUCGACUCACAGCUUUUUCUACGUUUCACCAUUGAAUACCUCCUGGUUUAUAAACCACCAAAUCCUACUGGUUUAGACCCACGCGCCACCGUGGCUCGGGUCAAGGCUGCGUUGGCCAAGGCAUUGGUUCCGUACUACCCACUUGCGGGUCGGGUUAGGGCAAAGCCCGACGGCGGCCUGGAGGUUGUUUGUCGAGGGCAGGGUGUUUUGUUCAUCGAGGCUGUCUCCGAUCACGAGGCUAACGAGUUGGAGAGAGCUCCGCGGUUCGUUACUCAAUGGAGGAAGCUCUUGUCGGUCCACGUGGCGGAUGUCUUGAAAGGGGCCCCACCGCUUAUAGUCCAGCUGACGUGGCUAAAAGACGGCAAUGCUGCGCUUGGUGUCGGGUUUAAUCAUUGCCUUUGCGACGGUAUCGGCAGCGCUGAGUUCUUAAACUCGUUCGCUGAGUUAGCCUCCGUAACGAGUCAAACCAAGUUGGCUGAGUUCAAGUUUAAACCCAAACCCGUUUGGGAUCGUCACCUUUUAAACCCUCCACCAUUCCAUCCAUCGAGAAACUGUAACAACUACAACUCGCCGAAUCACCACCCAGAGUUCAACCGAGUUCCAGACCUUUGCGGGUUUCUGUCUCGUUUCUCCAAUGAAAGACUCGUUCCCACCUCGUUCAUUUUCAACAAAGCUAGCCUCGACGAGUUAAAAAAGGUAGCAUUUUCAACGAGCAGAGCCGGUGAGUCAAGCUACACAUCUUUCGAAUUUCUCUCAGCGCAUAUAUGGAGGAGCUGGGCACGAGCCUUAAACCUCCCUUCAAAUCAAACACUAAAACUCCUUUUCAGCAUCAACGUUAGAGACCGAGUCAAACCGAGUCUACCCAGUGGGUUCUACGGCAACGCAUUCGUGUUAGGCUGCGCUCAAACCAGCGUCAAAGAUUUAACGGAGAGAGGUUUGGGGUACGCAGCAAUGCUGGUGAAGAGAGCGAAAGAACGAGUUGAUAGCGAGUUCGUUAUAUCGGUGGUGGAAUCGGUGAGCCGGAGUCGAGCGAGUCCGGACUCGGUUGGAGUUUUGAUACUGUCGCAAUGGUCAAGGCUGGGGCUAGAGAAGGUUGACUUUGGGUUGGCUAAGCCGGUUAACGUGGGACCGAUUUGCUGUGAUCGGUACUGUCUGCUUCUGCCGGUUUUUAAUCAGACGGAUGCGGUGAAGGCGAUGGUGGCGGUCCCCACAAGUGCCGCCCAGAGGUAUGAACAUCUGGUCAGGAGUCUCAGCUCUUGAUGACCACUGCAUU